UUAUAUUAAAAAAAAAAAAACACUGAUUACAUUACCAGAAAAAUACACUCUUCACAAGAACGCGAUUGUAUUUUUAUUUGUAGAUAAGAGUUUGUAGUACAGAACAAAGAUAACCCACUAACCCCACCCCCAUCCCAAAAAGGGACCAAAAAACAAACCAAAAUAUAAUUAGACAAAAAAUAAGAGUAAAGUUGAAAGCUGUAUAGGGGUCUUCAAAGUUGCUUGUUAGGUCCUCAACUAUGCAUGAAAAUUUUAUAGUAUUUAGUUACCACUAUAGGUUUCUCUGUUGUUGCUUUCUUUGAAGAUUCUUGUUUUUUAUUUUUUUGGGGUUUAAUCUUUAUGGUAUUUAAAGACUGCUAGUUCUUGGGUUGUUUAAAAAUUGUGUCUUUUAUUUUUUAUCAAGAAAAGGGGUUGUGGUUUUAUGCGAUUCUUGAGUUUCUUUUGCAAUUUCAGAUCGAUGAAAGUUGGUUGAAAUUUUGAAUCAAAGUGAAUUUUGGAGUCAAUAUUUGGUUUGAGUUGUUUGAAAGUUGUAUUGAACAAGUAUUAAAGGAAGAAGCUUUGUUUGCAUAUGAGGGUUGGAGUUUAGUCUAGUAUGAAAUAUCCAUGUGGUAGCAUGAGAAUAUAGUAUUGACUUUUCAGUGUUGGGGGUAAAAGUGGUUGUUUGCAAGUAAUUUAUAGGUUUAAAGUGUGUGAGGGUUGAGAAUGAGGCAUUCAGGGAUAAUUUGAUUCGAAUUUCGCAACUAUGAGUUGCAGUGAGAAGAGCAGAGAAAGAGAAGAGGAAGAAAAUCCUGUUGGUAGUGUACAUAAAUAUGUUGAAGGUGUUUCGCGUAAUGGAUCAAUAGUACCCUCGACACACUUAUCUAUUGAUGAGAGAGUGUUGGUGGAUCCAAAACAACUCUUUAUUGGAACGAAAAUUGGUGAGGGAGCUCAUGGAAAAGUUUAUGAAGGAAGGUAUGGUGAUCAAAUUGUUGCAAUAAAAGUUCUUAAUGGUGGUAACACCUCAGAAGAAAGAUCUGCACUUGAAGGCCGUUUUGUUCGGGAAGUUGUUAUGAUGUCAAGAGUAAAACAUGAGAAUCUUGUAAAAUUUAUUGGAGCUUGCAAGGAUCCUUUGAUGGUUAUAGUUUCAGAGCUACUGCCUGGAAUGUCUCUUCGGAAGUACUUAGUCAGCAUUCGACCAAACGUGCUUGACCUACACGUCGCCAUAAAUUAUGCUCUUGACAUUGCUCGGGCCAUGGAAUGUUUACAUGCCAAUGGCAUUAUACAUAGAGAUCUAAAACCUGACAAUUUGCUGCUCACGGCCAAUCAGAAGUCUGUGAAGCUUGCUGAUUUUGGGUUAGCAAGGGAAGAGACCCUUACAGAGAUGAUGACAGCAGAAACUGGGACAUACCGGUGGAUGGCACCUGAGUUGUACAGCACUGUUACAUUGCGUCUGGGGGAGAAGAAGCAUUAUAAUAACAAGGUCGAUGUUUAUAGUUUUGGUAUUGUCUUGUGGGAAUUACUGACAAACCGCAUGCCUUUUGAGGGAAUGUCGAAUUUGCAAGCUGCUUAUGCUGCUGCUUUUAAGCAAGAGAGACCUAGUCUUCCAGAAGAUAUUUCUCCUGACUUGGCAUUUAUCAUGCAAUCAUGUUGGGUGGAAGACCCUAACAUGCGACCAAGCUUCAGCCAGAUAAUCCGGAUGCUUACUGCAUAUCUUUUCACACUUCCACUACCCUCACCGUCUCUACUGGCAACAGAACCAGUGGAGCAGACGGUUGCCAGCAAUGGUACUAUUGUUGAGUUUUCUGCACGAGCAAAGGGAAAAUUUGCUUUCCUUCGCCAACUUUUUGCUGCAAAGAAGGCUAAGAACUCACAGUAAGCAGGCAAAAAUCAACACUCGCUGUUCCAGCUCAGUGUCAGGGAUUAGAAGUGUUGAACAGAAACAAUGUUAGUCACUAACCAAUAAACAAAACAAAGGAAGGAAACAUUAGUUAAUAUCACUGUAAAGGAAGUUCGUUAAAAGUACUCUCUUGUUCAUAUCCAAUUCUCAUUUUUAUGGGGAACCUGUAGCGUAGACCGUUAUAGUAACACUUUUUUUUCACAUUAUCACUUGGUAUCAGGAUGAUGAUGGCUGCUUCCUGACAGAUGUUUAUAACAAUAUAUGUUGCUCUUCAGAAUGCUACUCAUCUGUAGCUAAUUUGAAAAAUAUAUGUUGCAACUCCUAUUCUGAAGUAAGAUAUUGGCAGGCCCUUUGAUGUUUGAAUCAA